CCCAUUCUCAAACACCCACUACCCAAUUCUCCUUUUUGAAAUGCAAGGAAAAAAAAAAAACCCUUCCUUUUGAAAUAGUGCAAAAUAAUUGAGAGACAUUCAUAUAGAGCAUAAUUCUAUAAUAUAAUACAAGAAGUAUACUUAUAAUGAGAGUUUGAAUUUUUAUGGAGCAUUUUUUACUCCACUCGUCAACCUAAACAUAUUUCCCUUCUCUUCUUUUCUCUUUGAUCUUUUGAGGGUUUUAUUCAAGUUUGUUCAUGUUUUUUAGAAUAUUUCAGAAUCUUCUCCCUAUUCACUUUCUUCUAAAAAGCACUUUCUCUAUUGCUCUACUCCCAAUCUAAUCAUAUUUUUCUCCAUUACCAAAUACCAAAAACGAUUUUGAAACAAAACCCAUGUCUUCAUUUCCCUUAAAAAUGCCUUUAUUUUGUUUCAUUUUCUUAUGCAUCGCUACAAAUUUUCAUUCCUCUUCAGCCGGUUUUCUCGCCGAACCGGUCACCGGUCAAAGCCAACCGCUAAAUCCCGGCCAAUACACCUCUCCCAACACGGUUCCGGCAUUCCCGGUUCAAACCCAGAUGCAAAUUUGCCAUUUGGAUCUUUCCGACGAGCUCUUCGGCGGCGUUAGGGAAGCUUGUAGUCGAGACUUGGACCGGAGUCGGUGCUGUCCGGUUCUGGCUGCGUGGCUUUUCGCUGCUCAUGCACGGGCCGCUCUGAAGAUUGCUGCUCCGGCGCCGGCAGCGGCGGCGGACCUCCCGAUGAUGCCGGACGACUCGCAGAAAUGCGUGAACUCGCUGCAGACGUCACUGUUGAGUCGUAACAUAAGGAUUCCGCAGCCGAAUGUGAGCUGCGACGCCGUUUUGUGCUUUUGUGGGAUUCGGCUUCAUCAAAUCAGCUCGUUGUCUUGCCCCGCUGCCUUCAAUGUCUCUGGCGGCGGUAACGGCGGAUACCGUAACGCCACCCCGACGGCCGCAGUUCGUAAUCUUGAAAAGAAUUGCCGGAACUCGUCGUAUUCCGGCUGUACCAAAUGCCUUGGAGCCCUUCAAAAGGUUACGGGAACGAAGAAGAACGCUUCCAACGACAGGGCCAGCAAAAUGUUCAACAGAGACUGCCAGCUCAUGGGGCUGACGUGGCUACUCGCUCGUAACAAAACGACGUACAUUCCCACCGUUUCUGCCGUACUCCGAGCCAUCAUGUACAGCGCUCACCCUCCUCACGAGUCUACGUGUAGCCCGGACCAAGAGAACAUGCCGUUAGCCGUUGAUUCCUUACAGAUGGAAAAGGCGCAGUCGUCAUCUCCACCGUCCAUUUCUUUGUUUCCGAUUAUACCCCUACUUAUUUCGGUUUAUUGGCUUGCUUGGUAGUGGCAGUACUACGGGGGUAAUUAUGGGUUUUGGAAUCCGUUUGUUUUUUGUUAUUAGUUUUUUUUUUUUUUUUUUACAAGGAAGGGUACCCUUUGUCGGGGUCACGUGAAGCGAGUAGAAAAAAAAAAAGGUUGAUUGAGGGGCUUUUUUGUCUUUUCAUAACACUGUAAAUGUCAAAUCUGGGUUAUUUUUCUUUCUUUCUUUGGUGAUCGGAUGAGCAUAUUCUUUC